CGCAUUUAGCCAUUUCAGAGAAGCCUCCUCUUCCUCUUCUUCUUCCUCUGCUACUGCCACUGUCUCGUUCACCUUUCUCUCUCUCUCUCUCUCUCUGGCCUUUUCUUGGGAUAGACAAUAUCUCAUUUAAUGGCCCUUUAGCUGCUGCUUCUUCUUCUUUCUUACUUUCUUUUGACACACUCUGCUUUUGUUCUUGUUGAGUGAUUGAUCAAAAAACUCAAAAUCAGAGAUCAUGGCUAAGUCUAUCAGUCUCGAAGAGAUCAAGAAUGAAACUGUCGAUCUGGAACGUAUUCCCAUUGAUGAAGUGUUUGAGCAACUGAAAUGUACCAGAGAAGGUUUAAGUUCAGACGAAGGAACCAACCGGCUUCAAAUCUUUGGACCCAACAAGCUAGAAGAGAAAAAGGAAAGCAAAAUUCUCAAGUUUUUGGGGUUCAUGUGGAACCCACUAUCAUGGGUCAUGGAAGCUGCAGCUAUUAUGGCAAUUGCGUUGGCGAAUGGUGAUGGAGAGCCCCCGGAUUGGCAAGACUUUAUUGGUAUUAUUUGCUUGCUGGUGAUCAACUCUACUAUCAGUUUCAUUGAAGAGAACAAUGCUGGCAAUGCUGCUGCUGCCCUUAUGGCUGGUCUGGCUCCUAAAACAAAGGUGCUUAGAGAUGGCAAAUGGACUGAGCAGGAAGCUGCAAUCCUGGUUCCAGGAGAUAUCAUUAGUAUCAAAUUGGGAGAUAUUGUUCCUGCUGAUGCUCGUCUUCUUGAGGGUGAUCCGUUAAAGAUUGAUCAAUCUGCCCUCACUGGAGAAUCACUGCCAGUGACCAAGAAUCCUGGUGAUGAAGUUUUCUCUGGUUCCACUUGCAAACAAGGAGAAAUUGAGGCUGUCGUUAUAGCCACUGGUGUUCACACCUUCUUCGGAAAGGCUGCACAUCUUGUGGACAGCACCAACAAUGUUGGGCACUUCCAGAAAGUGCUCACUGCUAUCGGGAACUUCUGUAUUUGUUCUAUAGCAAUUGGAAUGUUGGUUGAAAUCAUAGUCAUGUACCCUAUUCAGCACCGCAAGUACAGGGAUGGAAUUAACAAUCUCUUGGUUCUUUUGAUUGGUGGUAUCCCAAUUGCUAUGCCAACAGUCUUGUCUGUGACAAUGGCCAUUGGGUCUCACAAGUUGUCUCAACAAGGGGCCAUCACUAAGCGUAUGACUGCCAUUGAAGAAAUGGCAGGUAUGGAUGUCCUUUGCAGUGACAAAACUGGCACCCUUACCCUCAACAAGCUGAGUAUUGACAAAGCCUUGAUUGAGGUCUUUGCAAAGGGUGUUGAAAAAGAUCACGUGAUACUGCUUGCUGCAAGGGCCUCUAGAGUUGAGAAUCAGGAUGCUAUUGAUGCUGCCAUGGUUGGAAUGCUAGCUGAUCCUAAAGAGGCAAGAGCUGGUAUAAGAGAGGUGCACUUCUUGCCAUUCAACCCUGUGGACAAGAGGACUGCUUUGACUUAUAUCGAUGCUGAUGGCAACUGGCACCGUGCCAGUAAAGGUGCUCCUGAGCAGAUCUUGAGCUUGUGCAAUUCCAGGGAAGAUCUGAAGAGGAAAGUUCAUUCAGUUAUAGAUAAAUUUGCUGAACGUGGGCUACGAUCAUUGGCUGUGGCUAGACAGCAAGUUCCUGAGAAAAACAAAGACAGUCCAGGUAGUCCAUGGGAGUUUGUCGGCUUGUUGAACCUCUUUGAUCCUCCCAGGCAUGACAGUGCAGAAACAAUCCGCAGGGCUCUUAACCUUGGUGUCAAUGUCAAGAUGAUUACUGGUGAUCAACUUGCUAUUGCAAAGGAGACUGGGAGAAGACUUGGUAUGGGAACCAACAUGUACCCAUCUGCUACAUUGCUUGGUCAGGACAAGGAUGCAAGCAUUGCUGCUCUUCCUGUAGAAGAGUUGAUUGAGAAGGCUGAUGGUUUUGCCGGCGUGUUUCCAGAGCACAAAUAUGAAAUCGUGAAGAAGCUGCAAGAAAGAAAGCACAUUGUUGGAAUGACUGGCGAUGGUGUUAAUGAUGCUCCUGCUUUGAAGAAGGCAGAUAUCGGUAUUGCUGUUGCUGAUGCUACAGAUGCUGCACGAGGUGCUUCUGACAUUGUUCUAACAGAACCUGGAUUGAGUGUUAUUAUCAGUGCCGUCCUGACUAGCAGAGCUAUUUUCCAAAGAAUGAAGAAUUAUACUAUUUAUGCUGUUUCCAUCACAAUCCGUAUUGUGUUUGGUUUCAUGCUUAUUGCUCUGAUAUGGCAGUAUGACUUCUCUCCUUUCAUGGUUUUGAUUAUUGCUAUCCUAAAUGACGGAACAAUUAUGACAAUCUCAAAGGAUAGAGUAAAGCCAUCACCCUUGCCUGAUAGCUGGAAAUUAAAAGAGAUUUUUGCCACUGGAAUUGUGCUUGGCGGCUACUUGGCACUGAUGACUGUUAUAUUCUUCUGGGCCAUGCAUGAUACCGACUUCUUUUCUGACAAAUUUGGUGUAAGAUCUAUACGUAGAAGUGACCCUGAAUUGAUGGGUGCUUUAUACCUUCAAGUCAGUAUCGUGAGCCAGGCUCUCAUUUUUGUUACUCGGUCUCGCAGCUGGUCUUAUUUUGAACGUCCUGGCCUGCUACUGGUGACUGCUUUCAUCAUUGCACAACUGGUUGCAACUUUGAUUGCCGUAUAUGCUAACUGGGGCUUUGCACACAUCAAGGGAAUUGGCUGGGGAUGGGCUGGUGUUAUCUGGCUUUACAGUAUUGUUUUCUAUAUCCCACUCGACUUGCUGAAGUUCGCCAUUCGUUACAUCCUCAGUGGAAAGGCUUGGCUCAACUUGCUAGAGAACAAAACUGCAUUCACCACCAAGAAAGAUUAUGGUAAAGAGGAAAGAGAAGCUCAAUGGGCUCUUGCUCAAAGGACCUUGCAUGGACUUCAACCACCAGAAACUGCCAGUAUCUUCAACGAAAAGAGCAGCUACAGAGAGUUGUCUGAGAUCGCUGAGCAGGCCAAGAGACGAGCCGAGGUUGCAAGGCUUCGGGAGCUUCACACCCUAAAGGGACAUGUUGAAUCAGUGGUUAAGCUUAAGGGCUUGGACAUUGAUACAAUUCAGCAGCAUUAUACAGUGUAAAACGCACACAAUCACAUUUGCUUGAGAAAGAUAAGUGUUGCAGUCCGGACAUGAUCCCAAACCCCAAAUCAAGAAAGCAAAGAAGGCCUAAAUAUUAUAAAGCUUUCUAGACAGGGAGGAAAUGUCUAUGCUAUAGUUCUCUCCUAAUCUGUUUUCCUUCUUUUUUUUUUCCUUUCUUUUCUAUAUUUCGACUGCAGGAAAAAAGGCUUGUGUUUUACCAACUUCUUGUUCUGUGAAGAGCAAUGUAAUGUAACCUUGUUACACAAUUUUCAAGUUCUUAAUUCUAGUUUUCUCCUGCCUAAUUUCUUA